AUGGAAAUCCAAGUAGCACUUCUAUUAGAGGAUGAAGAAGACGAUGAUUUUCUGAUGUCUCUGUCGCGUCGCGACAAACGACCGAGAAAAGAGAUUGAGACUAGAGACCGCUACCGUUACUUGACUUUAGACACUACUGUGUCUCGUUUCGUGCUUGUAAAUCACAGCCUUACUACCGAUGAUGAUAAAACCAACGUUGGAGUUAAUGUAAUAGAAAAUGGUACGAGUAGAACAGAUCCAAGUAUUAUAGAAGAUGCUUUUUUAGAUACAUUUACACUAAUUAGGAAAUAUGGCUAUCCUUGUGAGAUACACAAAGCAUACACUGAAGAUAAAUACAUUUUGGAACUGCACAGAGUCCCUCAUGGUCGAAACAAAACCAGUGCAGAACGGCUGCCAGUGGUUUUUCUCCAACAUGGAUUACUUUCAUCGUCUGCAGAAUGGGUCCUUAUGAAACCAGGAAAAGGCCUUGCGUAUAUUCUAGCUGAUGCCGGCUAUGACGUUUGGAUGGGAAACGCUAGAGGCAACACGUACUCUCGUAAUCAUGUAUCUAUGAACCCGACACGUUCAAACUUUUGGCAGUUCAGUUGGCAUGAGAUUGGAUAUUAUGAUUUACCAGCUAUGAUUGACUAUACUUUAAAGGAAACAGGCGUUUCUAAAAUUCAGUACAUUGGAUUCUCUCAGGGAACGACUGCUUUUUGGGUCAUGUCAUCCAUGAGGCCCGAGUACAACGAGAAAAUAACUGCGAUGCAUGCUCUUGCACCCAUAGCUUUUAUGGGGAAUGUAAGAAGUCCCCUUAUAAAAGCUAUUGCACCUUUCACUAAUUCUUUGGAACGAGUUCUGAAAUUAUUGGGUGCAAAUGAGUUUUUACCCAACGGAAUAGUGAACGAACUAGCUGGAGAAUUACUAUGUGUACAGGAGGCCGCAACACAAAUACUGUGCAAAAAUCUUCUGUUUCUUAUAUGUGGAUUUGAUAACGAACAGCUAAAUGAUUAUGUAUUUGAACAUCACAUUGGAAGUAAGAAAUUUAAUAUUUUACUACCAUCAGUCAACGUUUGUACCAUCAACAUUCUCCGACGAAUCAUCCAGAAGAAUUAUCCUGAAAGAUCCAAAAGAACUACACAACAACAAACCUAUAUUAGCUUCACUUUAUGUAGAUUUAAGCACCUUCUCUACAUAGUCUUAAAAAUACGCUUUCCGGUUGAUUUAAAAGUACAUAAUGUGGAUUUAUACGGUAUUAUGUACAUUAUAAAGUACACUAACGUUAGGACAAUGCUGCCAGUCGUUCUUGGUCACACGCCUGCUGGUGCUUCGACCAGGCAAAUAGUUCAUUUCGGUCAGUUAUAUAAAUCCAAGAAAUUUCUUCAAUUUAAUCAUGGAUGGUUGAAAAACCUAUUGAUUUAUGGAAGUGGAAGCCCACCAGAAUAUAACUUAACCGCCGUUACAACACCGGUAUUUCUUCAUUACGCUGACAACGACUGGUUAUCUACAGCAGAUGAUGUUGAAAAGUUGAUGAUAGACUUGCCAGCUGUCGUUGGAAAGUACCGAGUACCUUUGAAAUCAUUCAAUCACCUGGAUUUUGUUUUUGCCAAUGAUGCGAAAAAGCUAAUUUAUGAUCGUUUACUAAAUAUUAUGUUUCGGUUUACGAAUUAA